ACUUGGUGGGCCCAAAACCAGCAUCAGUCCAUUUUCUCAGUUUCAGUGGCGUCUUCGUCUUCUUAGGGCAGGAAGAACAGAGCAGGUAUGGAGGGCGGCAAAUGAUGUGUUUACGAAGUCAUUUCUAAGCAAAGUUAAAGCAGACCACAUUACCGUUGUGUUACAGUUCCAGGGCUCAACGGUUUUGUUUUGGUUUAAGGUUUUGUUAAAACAGUAGUAUAGGAUGUUUGGGGAUGUAGCCUCGAGAAGUAAGCUCACUAAGAAGCUCAAAAUUUCGGGUUUAAAAUUCAAAGAUACAAAGAAAAAGUCUCAAAGAACACGUAGUGACAAUAAGGAUGGUGGUGGUAUGAGGAAAUUUAGUUCUGAUAAACCAAGGAGGGGAAGCUACAGUGAGGAUGGUGGUACGAGGAACUUUAGUUCUGAUAAACCAAGGAGGGGAAGCUACAGUGAGGAUGGUGGUACGAGGAACUUUAGUUCUGAUAAACCAAGGAGGGGAAGCUACAAUGAGGAUGGUGGUAUGAGGAACUUCAGUUCUGAUAAACCAAGGAGGGGAAGCUACAGUGAGGAUGGCGGUACGAGGAACUUUAGUUCUGAGAAACCAAGGAAGGGAAGCUACAAUGAGGAUUGUGGUAUGGGGAACUUUAGUUCUGAUAAAACCAGGAAGAGAAGCUACAUUGACGAUAGUGGUAUGAGGAACUUUAGUUCUGAUAAAACAAGGAAGAAAGUCUACAAUGAGGAUGGCGGUAUGAGGAAAUUUAAUUCUGAUAAAACAAGGAAGAAAGUCUACAAUGAGGAUGGUGGUAUGAGGAAAUUUAGUUCUGAUAAAACAAGGAGGAAAGUCUAUAAUGAGGAUGGUGGUAUGAGGAACUCUAGUUUUGAUAAAUCUAGGAAGAGAAUCUAUGCUGACCCAGAAAUUGGUGGGGAGGUAGUAUUUGAUGGCAAUGUAGAUAGACCUAAUAGAAAGCCUUUGUCAAAGAAAAGACAGAGCCAGGAGAAAGAUGAUGUUAUUAGAGCAAAGGGGAACAAUGUAUCUCCUCGCUCAAUGUGGGUUUCUAAUAAGUUGGAGGAUACCAAUUCUGAAGCUAAAAUUUCUUCUCAUAAAGCUAAGAAGGCAGGAGAAAAUGUUCGAUUUUCUUAUGUAUCUCGGACAAAGGGGAUUGAUAAGAAGGAAGCUGGUGAACUGGGUGGUGGUGAAACUGGUUUGUUGAAGAAACAUACCAAGAGUAAAUUUGACUUAAGUAAGAGCUUUGACCCAAGUAAGAAAAAGUCUCAAGAUAUGUAUUCCUCAAAUUCAACCAAGAAAUGGGUUAAAGACAAGAAGAACCAAGGUGAAGACUUAGAGGUUCAAGAUGAGCAUCCAAAGAAGACGAAACGGGUAAUUCGGAUAGAUCCACAUGAUAUCUCAAAUAAGAGGCUGGACGAUAGUCCAGUGAAUGUUGGCAGUAUAAAUGAGAAGAAUAACAAUAUGGAAGAAACAGCUGAGGUUUCAAAGAAUGCACAAUUUCGAGCCAUCCAACCUAGUUCCUCAAUCCUUUCCUAUGUGGAAGAUAAUUUUUUAGGUCGUAGACGCAUGAUUGAACUGCGGAGGGCAGGCUACAACACUGAGUUUUCUGCUCCUUUGGAUAAUAUUCCCUUCUCUACUAGUUCGGAAAGAGAACGAAUUGAAGAAACUAUAUUUAGGAACAAAAUGACAUUUUUUGCUGCUGCAAAGGCUUCAUCAUCAUUUCCUCCACCUGAGUUACCAGAGAUUGCUUUCGCAGGAAGAUCAAAUGUUGGAAAGUCAUCGCUACUAAAUUCCCUUACUAGACAGUGGGGUGUUGUGCGGACAUCCGACAAACCUGGCCUCACUCAGACUAUUAAUUUCUUCGACCUGGGAUCAAAGCUGUGCUUGGUUGAUUUACCAGGCUAUGGGUUUGCUUAUGCAAAAGAAGAAGUUAAGGAUGCUUGGGAAGAGCUUGUGAAGGAGUACGUUUCCACAAGAGUUGGUUUGAAAAGGGUAUGUCUUCUGAUUGAUACAAAAUGGGGAAUGAAGCCAAGGGAUCAUGAACUUAUUGGCUUAAUGGAAAGAUCUCAAACCAAAUACCAGAUUGUUUUGACCAAGACUGAUACAGUCUUCCCAAUCGAUGUAGCACGUCGUGCAAUGCAAGUUGAAGAGAGCCUCAAGGCACACAAGUCUGUUGUUCAACCCCUGAUGAUGGUAAGCUCAAAAUCUGGAGCUGGUAUCCGAAGUUUAAGAACAGUACUUGCGAAAAUUCCUCGUUUUGCCAAACUCUAAUCUUCUCAGGCUUCCCAUUUUCUGGGGAAAACUCGAAAUAUAUUAUUCAAGAAAAGAGGGGGAUGAGCUAAAAAACAUAGCUGAAAUGGUUGGUAUUGUGGAGGACAGUACUACUGAUUGCUUAGUUUGACAAAUCCCAGGUGUAAUUUUUCAUACUAGAUCAUUGAAAUUUAUCUUGGGUAGGAAAUUUUGUAGAUUUAUUAGGAUUUUUAUCCUUUGUUCAUCUUGACCUUAAAAAAAAUCAUUUCUUGAUGUUGGGAGUUUCAUGAAAAUAUAGGUUUUGAUCCUUGUGGUUUCUGCAGUCGAGAAUCAUCUUGGCAUAACAACAGUGACAAUGAUUUCAGAAAUUGACGUUCGAACUGGCCUGUGUUGAUCACACAAAUAAUAUAAAAUUAUAAUAUGGGUCUA